AUGGCUGAUACCAUAAUGACUGAUAACCAUUCGACCUAUCAGAAUAAUAAUAAUAAUAAUAAUAAUAAUAAUAAUAACGACAAUACAAACGUGACUGAUAAUAGUGACGAAAAAAUUGAUGGUACCGAAAAUGGAUUAGAAGAAACAACGCAACAAUCUUAUGACAAACUUCGAGAUACACCAAGCCAUGUUUCUAAUGGUAUUAAACGACAAAAAAAUCGUUUUUGUUCAUCAUCAAUGAAUCAACUUGGUGGUGAAUUUAUUAAUGGUCGACCAUUACCAACAGAUACACGUGAACGAAUAGUUGCAUUAGCUGAAAACGGUGUACGACCAUGUGAAAUAAGUCGUCAACUUCAAGUAUCACAUGGUUGUGUUAGUAAAAUAUUAAAAAGAUAUCGUUUAUUUGGUACAACUCAU